AUGGCAGCAGAAGAAUUUCAGCAAGACGCUGCGAAGGCGACACACUUGGUAGUACUUAUUCAUGGUCUAUGGGGCAAUCCAGUCCACCUCAAGCAUCUUCGAGACACCUUGGCUACACAGCGAGACGGCGAGGGGCUCUACAUCCUCUGCCCACGGAGCAAUCGGGACAAUUACACGUAUGAUGGCAUAGAAGUCGGAGCAGAGCGCAUCACCAACGAGAUUCAGGAGACAAUAAUAGAGCUGAAGGGCAAGGGUGCCCAACUUAGCAAGAUCAGUGUCAAUGGCUACAGUCUAGGUGGUCUGGUGGCCCGGUAUGUUGUGGGGCUGCUAUACAAGAACGCCAUCUUCGAGACGUUGAAGCCGAUGAACUUCGCCACAUUCGCCACACCGCACUUAGGCGUGCGGACACCAAGGAAUGGCUACCGAGCCCAGACGUGGAACUUCUUGGGCAGCAGGACGCUCAGCACCAGUGGUCAGCAGAUGUUUCUAACAGACAACUUUCGCGAAACGGGCAGACCCUUACUCGCAGUCAUGGCCGAUCCUAACAGUAUCUUCGUGCGAGGCUUGAGCAUGUUUCAACAGAGAAGUGUGUACGCCAACACGAUCAACGAUCGCUCUGUGCCAUUCUACACGAGCGGCAUCAGCGCUGUGGACCCUUACGUCGAUAUGGAUAAGGUAAAAGUCCAUCCCCUACCCGACCAAGAGCUGCCAGUCGUGCUCGACCCGUCAGAACCAGUCACCGUGCGCAGCGGACCUGUUAUCAAGGCACCCGAGACCUGGCAAGAACGCUACCUGCUCAGCCAGAAGACUCGCGAAAGUCUACCCUUCUACGCCUUCCUCUUCACGAUGGUACCAAUCAUGAUACCUCUCUUCAUGGUCAACGCUGGCGUACAGACAUACCGCUCAGCUCAACGAGUGCGUUUGCAUGAGCAAGGGCAGCUUAUCGACCUCAAGCGUUAUCGCAUACCGCUUCUGGAAGAUGCGCAAGCCGCCCAAGACAGGAUUAUGGAGCGUCUGGCUACCGAACGCACACAUCUAGCCGAGGAGAGUCCGUCUGGAUACCUGCCUACGCCGCCUCCUGAACCGAAUACUUCCUCAUCCGCGAAUUCGUCGUCAUGGACACUCGUUGGCACGACAGCGUCGGAAAAGCAGAAGGAGGAGCAGAAGAGCAACAAGUCAUCUUGGCCUACUCUAGCGCUGACGGACGACCAGUUUGAGAUGAUCGACAAUUUGGACAAGCAUGUGAACUUCACCAAAUAUCCGGUCCAUAUACAGAAAGUGCGCCAUACACAUGCUGCCAUCGUCGUCAGGACAGCGAGUGAAUCUUUCAAAGAGGGUCAUGUUGUUAGCACUCACUGGGCCAAGAACUUUGCCGAUUGA